AUGGAGAUUAACAUCCAGAUCAAGAAUGCGCAGCCCGAAGACUUACUGCAGGCGUUUGCAGCAUUAAGUGGAGGAGCAGCAUCCUCAACGACAGCGGAUACCGAGCAGAGUGCAGUUGGAUCUGGUGCCAAGGCAAAGCGAAAAGCUCAGCCAUUCUCGGCGAGAAGCCCCGCCUAUGCCAAAGCCGUCAUCUUCGUCGGGAUUGCCCGCGCUACCACCGGUGCCAUUACAAACAACGGCAAGCGCAAGACCCGCCAGACCGCUGCUGGUGAAAAAGAGAGCCAUGGACUCCAGAUCUCCAAGACGCAGUCCCUCACGAAGGACAACAUCCAGAUCGUACGCUCCCAGGACAACAUCCAGAUCUCAUUCCCCCAGGACAACGCAGAGAUCCAGGGCAUCGGGCAGUUCAAGGUCAACUGGAAGGACAUUGAGAUUCCACAGUUUCCCAUACACGACUCCACCAAGCAGUACGUGGAUGCACUUUGCGCUGCAGCGGAGUUCAGGAUCGACCAGGGAGUUCUCUUGGAGCAUGACCUCACGUGGGACAGAGGAGGCGACCCAACUCCAGAGACAAUGAGAAGAUUCUAUUUCUUGCAAUCUUCAGACCUCACCCUGCAAAAUCCUCCUCUACCAACUCGGCAAGAAAAGAUCCUAUUCUGGUCGCAUGCAACAGAUGUGGGAGCGUUAUUCAACAUGUUGAAAGAGCGAAAUAUGCGUCCGAUGAACGCGCAUGGAGUGGCAGCCUUUGGAUGCAACAUCUUCUAUGCCCUCGGCCACGAGAUGUCCGGAUCAGACAUCGACGAGCACAACCUGACCAGGGUGAUCUUCAACACCACACGGAGCGCCAAGAACCUGGCAGGCAUCGUCGUGGGAGGCCGUGCAUGGGGAUCCCUACGCAAGCAUCUUGGCGGAUCCUAUGAAACAGCUCGGGCAGCCACUGAAGAGGGCGAGGUGCUCAAGGAUGCGAAUGCAAAAGCUUAUUGCACGGUGCCCCAAUUGUUAGAUACCCCCAUACGCAAUGGCGAAUGCAUGGACCGGCUAUUGGUCUCAGGGAGCAUCGAAUAUGCCGUGGUGGGCGUCAGGCAGCGGGAGCGCGUCGAGCACACCAACUCCGGCACCCUUGCCAGCGACAACACCGUUGCCGUCGUGGCCACCUAUGCCUCCGCCCGCAUCCAGCCCGGCUACACAACCUUUGCCGCCGCCGCCGCCACCGUGCAACACACAGCCGGAGCCAGCCAAUGCAACAAGUACACCGACGACAUCGGCAACCACGGACUUGCAGGCAUGGACGUCCGUGAUGUCACCGUUGCGCAUCUUUGCAGGCAUGGCAUGGAGGAAUUUGGACUUCGAGGACUUUCCCACGGCAAGUUCACCGGCAUGAUUCUGACCCGCAACAUCGCCGAGAGCGUCCUCCUCUCCCAGCUCCAGAAGAAGCUCCGCGAGAACAACAUCGACGUGGAUGCCACCAUCGACGCCAUCCACCAAAGCAAAGGACAAAAAGCCCCUGACAAGGUGAAAGAGGCCAUCACCUUUGUUGCACCCCUCGUCGACACCAUCAUGGAUGCCAUCAAACCUUGGGCACAGGUGCGCAACUACGGCGCCAAGAACACCGAGGGCGACAACCAAGCAGCACAACGCACGCAAGCUUUGGAAGAGCAGACCGCCAAGUACAAACAACGCCUACGCAGUGCCGGCAUCGACGUCACCCCCCAAAAGUCCCUCCCACUGCAAAAUGAGCCAAAUGAAGGCCCAGAAGCAACGGCGGCACCACCAAAGCGCAGACGCCUCACAAAGGGAGCCAUCAAGCAGCGCAACGAGGAUAUCCUCGCCGAGCCCCACAAUGUGAUCCGUGCCAGUGGACAAGAGCCUCCGACAAGUAUGACAUCAAUUGCAACUUGGAUCACCAACCUCAAGAAGAGUCUCCCCCGAGAAAAGCAUGCGGAAGUGGAUAAUCACAUACAGUCCGUACAGACCAUCCUCGAAGGCGCCAAAUACACCAAGGCCGAGCUACAGGAGAUGGCUACGAGAUGGGGACUUCCCAUGUCCCUCACUACAGCGCCAAAGGCUUCACCCAAAAACCUUCAGCAGCUGAUCGCCGCCGUCACCUACCUCGCCGUGUGUGCGGUUCCAGAACUCUACACGUUCGAGAAAUUCUCUCAGCGCUGUGCAGUGUACGUCAAACUUGUAUUCCCCAGGCUCAACAAGCAAACCUAUGCGACUGCUACCAGGGACGCAUCAUUUUGCUACAUCGGAUCCACCAACAUCACGGUGGCCAAGAGAGAGUACAAUAGAGUCGCAAAACUUCGUCAACUACAACAACUCAAACUUCCCAAAACCGAGAUCGCCAUUCGUUAUUGGAACGAUUCCCAAACCUACCAGCACUACAGCACCAUCCUCCUUUCGCAGCACUCGGAGUAUAUUGACGCCUGGGCCGAAGAACACAGCCUGAUUCAGAGAUGGCAGCCCAAGCUGAACUACCCGUUUGUCACGAAGGAGCUGGUCAAGAAGGCGCAUGGAUUGGCGCAAUUCUGGAAGCUCUUGUACGCUAUCUCAAGCGAUACCAAGCAAGAAUUUGAGGCCUCCAAGGAGCUACGCAGUGGCAAACAUGACUCCGAAACAGUUACCCUGCUCUACAGACUCGCCAACCACAUGGAGCAACCAUGGAGAUCAAAAGCACGAGCCAGACUACGAAAAGUCCUGCAGUUCAAGAACGCAUCGAUCCCAAAGCACAACAAGCCCCUGAAAGUCCCUCUACUUGCACAUGCGUCGCACCGCACUAACCUCGAAAAGUACCUGGUACGACUCAGCAGGACACACAGACAUGUGCUUAUACCAUAUCAUCUACCAACCAAGACGGUCCAGGAGGCAACGCACCCCUCUCUCGAGCGAGCUCUUUGGAACCACAAGCGGAAAGUCACCGAUAUGGGCAGACACUGGAAGCCUACAGAAUGUCAGUGUGCCCAAUUCAUCAAGCAACAUCCGCGAGCACAAGUACACGAAGGACAUGUGGUGACGGGCUUAGAAACCUUACAACUACACAGCACAAACCAGAUCUUUCAGAACAUUGGGGCCGGGAACGCCUUCUACUCCUCCAAGAAGCGUAUCAAGAAGCAGCACCAAGAACAAUUUCAACGAUGGCUCAAGCACCACCAAUUUCCUCGAGAUCAACGCAUCCUCGACGACUUUGACGACUUCUUCGAGCAGGAGUGGAAGCAACACAGACUACAACUUCAACGAGAGCCACGACUCACGCACAGAUUAGCAAAGAACAUAUUGGGCAUGAUCCCUGAUGACUACAUUGUGCACAACGAGGACCACGCCAACGCGCACCUCAUGAUCUACUGCCCGAACAUCUACAACCAAGCAGCCUACAACACUUGGAUGGACAAACAAACAUUCAGAAUGCUAGAUGCCGACCCUGCCGAGAUCAAGCAGGCCAUGAAAAACAACACCCCCAAGAUCGUCGCCAAGCACUACGCCAAGCUCCUUGACUACGAAAAGCCCCUUCCGUAUGGAUAUAUCCUCAUGAAACGGAAAAAGAGGUGGGCAAAAGGGAGGACUAUUAUCGCGUAUAGCAAUACGUGCAUCGGCAAACUGCUGAAGAUCGCGGCGCUAGCAUUACACCAGAUGUUGAGGAUAACAUGGCCCAACCAUUUUGGCGACGUCAGCUCGCCACAACUAUGGGAGGAAAUACACCAACUCUUCUACAACAACGAGCACCUGUACCCGGAGAGGCACUUGAAAUUUCUCAACCACGAUCUGGUCGGCUUCUUUAAUUCGAUACCACAAUCCGACAUCCUGCAGAGCAUCCAAUUCCUCACAUCUCAGUUCCUUGACGAGCAUAACGCCACCAUCACCGUCGAUCCGCACAACAAGAUCGCACCAGCGCAUUCAGGCCGCUCAACGCACAGCCUGAAGUCCAACAUGGUCAAGAUGCAGGCAGAGCACAUACCAGCCAUCAUUCAGUUCAGCUUCGACGCGUGUGCUUUCACAGCCAUUGGCGAAGUAUUCCAACAGACAUGCGGCACGUCGAUGGGAAACCAAAUCAGCCCCAUCCUCUCCACGUGCGCAAUCGUGGCAACAGAAAUCACAUGGCUACGGAUGUACGGUCAAUUUGUCAGCAGCGCCCACCUCCACGACAAGUUCUGGAUCCGCAGGUACGUCGACAACAGAGCCAUUAUAGUCGAUGAAGACGAACUUCAGCACAACCCCUUCAUUCAGCAGCUUGCGUCCCUGCACUUCUACAAGAAACCAGUACAACUUGAAGACGAAGCGUGUGACGAUUUUCUGGGAUUUCGCAUUCACGCAGACAAUCGCAAAAUCACGUACAAUCUCCAUCGCGAGCCUUGGAGAUACAGACUCCCUCAGUCAGCCGGAACUACAAAGUUACGCCUCAGCGGAUAUCACAGCAGAAAGCAUCUCAUCCGCACCAUUGCCUACCCGGAAGAUGUUGCCCAGAGACAAAUUCAAGAACUGGACGACCUCUACGGUGACUUGGGAUAUGCGCGCCUUCUGAAAACUCAACAGAGCCAGAGACCUGUAGGCAGUAGCAGGUGCAACGUCUUAGCCCUUUUACUUUGGUUCUUUCAGCCCUUUCAACACUUUUCUUCAGUUUUUUGGUUCAAGCCUUGCGUUGGUACGACUUAG